UAGACGCAAGAAGAGUCCGGGCCAGGAUUAGGAGGUUUUCUUCCAAAACUUUAAUCCUCUAGGCGCCUCUUGUGUCGCGCGUCAGCAACCCAGGUCAAACGUGGAGGGUGUUUUAAUGCUGGUCUCCGGUCUCCCCAGAGCUCUCCCAGUACCGACCUGCCUGACUUGGUCCCGGGUCAGUCAGACCGCGGAGAAGGCAGACGUGGGGCCGGCCUCGCAGUCUGGCUCCGCGCACCAGGGUUGGUUAGCGGGUAGAGGGGUCCUAGAGGGAUCGAGGGCCAGAGGCAAGUCAGCACCGCGAAGCCGGCCCAAGGACGCGCAGGGCAGGCUCAGUCACAGCCUCCCCGGAGGCUUCCGCAACGCACACACAUACCCUUGAAGAGCAAAGUGAAGUGGUUUAUUGGUUUCACGGCUUUCAACCCAAAUUGAGAUCCAGCGGCUUUCAAGCCAGAUCUCGGCAGGCUCUGCAUGUUAAACCCAACAGUUACUUUAUUCCCCCCUCCCUUUUUGUGUGUGUUAAACGAAGCCUAAGGGCGGUUCCUUCUUGUGCACCAGCCCUUCCCGGUUCCCGGCGCUGGUCUGCGCACCCGCUGUGCGCCCCGAGGGUCCACCAGCGCGCCGGGGCUUGCGGGCUCCCCCGGGGGAGUCUGCGUGCAGUGGGACACGGAGUUUGUCAAGAGCCAGCAGCGAUAGGUCCUCUCCGGAGUCACUGGAACUGGGAGUUACCGUCCCACCACCGAUCAGAUCAGAUUUCCUGCGCUGAUCGCCGCCGCGCACUGCUGGGGACCCGUGGUUCCCUCUGCUAGAGAUAGUUUGCAGCUUGCUGCUGCUUAAGUGGAUACAGGGCGUGCAGACAGAAAGAUCCCAAAUACAGGAGGUAGAUCGCUUUAAAAAGUUUCUUAAAAUGCAGUUACGUCUUUAUAUGGACGCAAUUAUGUAUAUGCACUAAAAAAACCUAAUUCUGCAUUGAUUGCAAAAGAGCUCUUUCUGGCGGUGAUGGAACUAUUUUCUAUCUUGUUUGGAGAUAGUGAUGAUAUAGAUGAAUUGAGUUUUCAAAACUCGUAGAGACUUUAUACUGAAGAUCUUUUGUAUCGUGUGAAUUUUACGCCAAAAACCAGGAACAUAAUUCUGCACGUAUAAGAGAAGUUACUAAGAGCCACUGCAAAUCGCACACAUGAAAGCUGAUUGAAUGCAGCUCUAAAUGUGUAUUUUAGCCACUAAGCGCAACUCCGUGGGGUUACUUAUUUACGCAAGCUCCGCGCAGCCAGGAAAGGGACUAAAAGCCUGAUGUCAUCACUCGGGGCGGGGCCGAAAGUCCUAAGAAAAGUCGGCGGGAGGCAAGCAGCGCAGCUGUAAGGCACAGCCUCACCAUGAGCUGUUACAACACCUCGGAGCUCCAUGUCCUCUGUGGCUCCGGUCAGCUCUUCCUGCAGCCCCUCUGGGACUGCUUGAGGACGCGGGAGACUCUCAUCCAGUCGCCCUUCUUCCCGGUCAUCUUCUCCAUCACCACCUACAUGGGCUUCUGCUUGCCCUUCGUGGCGCUGGAUAUCCUGCGCCCCUGGGUGCCCGCGCUGCGUCGCUUCAAGAUCCACCCCGACUUCUCGCCCUCUGCUCAGCAGCUGCUGCCCUGCCUGGGGCAGACGUUCUACCAGUACGUGGUGCUCGUGCUCCCCACGACUCUGCUGCAUUGGGCCAGCAGCCCCGCCCUCCUGCCCCCUGAAGCCCCCGAGUUCCUCCAGCUGGUGCGCCACGUCGUGUUCUGCCUGCUGCUCUUUGACGCUGAGUUCUUCGCAUGGCACGUCCUGCACCACAAGGUGCCCUGGCUGUACCGGACUUUCCACAAGAUGCACCACCAGAACUCGUCCUCGUUCGCGCUGGCCACGCAGUACAUGAGCGCCUGGGAGCUGUUCUCCUUGGGCUUCUUUGACCUGGUGAACGUCACGCUGCUCGGGUGCCACCCACUCACCGUCAUGAUCUUCCACGUGAUCAACAUCUGGCUGUCGGUGGAGGACCAUUCGGGCUACGACUUCCCCUGGUCCACCCACAGGCUGGUACCAUUUGGGUGGUUUGGGGGCGUGGCACACCACGACCUGCAUCACUCCCAUUUUAACUGCAACUUUGCCCCUUACUUCACACACUGGGACAAAAUACUGGGAACUCUGCGGUCUGCUCAAGGCAAGUAACCAUGCACCGUCUGCCCGCCGGGGGUGUGGUUGCGGUGGGCAGCGAGUGCCCCUCUGACCCAAGACCGCUGCGCAUUCACACUUGAAUCAGGAGAAACACACCUGAGCUUUUUAUUUUUUUGUAGGUAAUUUAUUACCUGGUGGGACUUUGUAGAUAAAAUCUGAUUAUUUUUGUAAUCUGAUAAAGUAAUUUAUAUCAUUUGUGUAUAUCAACGAUUAUACUCUUGGUGUUGAAUUCUAGCCCACUUCAAUAGCCUUGAUUCCUGGAUAUAAAUUAGACACACAUCACUGGCAUAUUGAAAUAAUCUCUAAAAAGAUUUGUUUGUAGGACAAAGAAUUUCCUAUGUUCGAAAGUAUCCUAGAACCAAGCUAAAAGAGCAUAUUUUUAUGGAGAAUCUGAACUCUGGCUCUAUUAAACAAGGAGACAUGUUCCUGCUGGACAGUGACCAAGAUUACUGUACUUUUUUCUGUUUUUUUUUAUAACACUGUAUAUUUAUAUUGAAAGGAAUGUUAUUUGUGCUUAAAAAAAAAAACAGGCCAUAAACCAUAAACC